AUGAGCUCCGUUGGCGCCAAAGGCGCCACAGAUGCAGAUUCCGAGAUCUCGGGAUCGUCCUCCUCCUCCUGGUUCCAUCUGCUUCUGGAUGCAGUGAAAUCUUCUGUCGCGCACUCUUCCCCUGCUUCCCGGCGCUCCUCUGAGUCCAGCUCCGGGGGCUCGGAAAAGCAGGUGCCUGUAGAAGCGAAGCCGCCGAGCCAUGAGAAUGGCACCUGCAAUCCCUGUGUUCUGGUCGCUUCGCGCAUGGGCUGCAGGCAAGCUGACCAGUGUCUAUAUUGCCACCAGCCCCAUCCGGAGAAGAUGAAGGUACCACACAGGCCACGCAAGCAGACCCGCGACAAGUACAAGCUCGCAAUACAUAAGAUCAUUCAAGACCAUGAGGACAGCGUGGAAAAGGCACAGGAAGAUCUCCAGGAAAUGGCGCGCCGGAGCCCGUACCUGCGCAACCUCCUGCAUGGCAUCCUGAACGCCAUGUCAGCAGCUCCGGCCGAGGACUCGCAGAUAACAACGAAUUCCGAAGGUGCUGUUCUCCGAACGCCCGGGCCACAGCCGAUGCAGCCUCUUGGCCCACCACCCGGGCUCACGCAGGUACCUGCACCAUGGGCUGGAGGUCCCGGCAGUGGACACUUCAUGGACUCGUUCAUGCAGGAUUCAGACGAUGAGAUGGCCAUGGUGGGCGCAGUGGUCGCUUCGCAAG